GGCACGUGUACGCGGCGCACUGCGGAUAGCUCGUGUGGACCAGUCGCGGCUCUCCCGGAGAAGCGCAUGACCCGUCGCGAUGGCCGGGGGUCGCAGAGGACUAGUUGCCCCCCAGAACACUUUCCUCGAGAAUAUUGUGAGGCUGUCUAACGACACGAACUUUGUGUUGGGGAAUGCUCAGAUCGUGGACUGGCCCAUUGUAUACAGCAAUGAUGGCUUCUGCAAGCUUUCUGGGUACCACCGUGCUGAAGUUAUGCAGAAGAGCAGCACCUGCAGUUUUAUGUACGGGGAGCUCACGGAUAAGGACACCGCGGAGAAGGUUCGACUGACCUUCGAGAACUAUGAGAUGAAUUCAUUUGAGAUCCUGAUGUACAAAAAGAAUAGAACACCAGUGUGGUUCUUUGUAAAAAUUGCUCCCAUACGGAACGAACAGGAGAAAGUGGUUCUCUUCCUUUGUACAUUUAAUGACAUCACAGCAUUCAAGCAGCCAAUUGAGGAUGACUCAUCUAAAGGUUGGGGUAAAUUUGCACGCUUGACCAGAGCUCUGACCAGCAGCAGAGGCGUUCUACAACAGCUGCAGCCUACUGUACACAAAGGAGAAAACGUUCACAAGCACUCACGGCUGGCUGAGGUGCUCCAGCUUGGCUCGGACAUCCUCCCCCAGUAUAAGCAGGAGACACCCAAGACCCCACCCCACAUUAUCCUGCACUACUGCACCUUCAAGACCACGUGGGACUGGGUCAUCCUCAUCCUCACCUUCUACACGGCCAUCAUGGUGCCCUACAAUGUCUCCUUCAAGACCAAGCAGAACAACGUGGCCUGGCUGGUGGUGGACAGCAUUGUGGACGUCAUCUUCCUGGUGGACAUCGUGCUCAACUUCCACACCACGUUCGUGGGGCCGGCAGGCGAGGUCAUCUCAGACCCCAAGCUCAUACGCAUGAACUACCUGAAGACCUGGUUCGUGAUCGACCUGCUCUCCUGUCUGCCCUAUGACGUCAUCAAUGCCUUCGAGAAAAUGGAUGAGGGAAUGAGCAGUCUCUUCAGCUCCCUGAAGGUGGUGCGUCUGCUGCGUUUGGGCCGUGUGGCCCGGAAACUGGACCACUACAUUGAGUACGGCGCCGCCGUGCUGGUGCUACUGGUGUGCGUGUUCGGCCUGGCCGCCCACUGGCUGGCCUGCAUCUGGUACAGCAUCGGCGACUACGAGGUCAUCGACGAGGACCACAGGACCGUGCGGAAGGACAGCUGGCUGUACCUGCUGGGCGAGACGGCGGGGACGCCGUACCGCUUCAACGCCAGCGGCACGGGGCGCUGGGAGGGCGGGCCCAGUAAGGACUCUGUCUACAUCACCUCCCUCUACUUCACUAUGACCAGUCUGACCAGUAUCGGCUUCGGGAAUAUCGCUCCCACCACGGACGGAGAGAAGAUCUUCGCCGUCGCCAUGAUGAUGAUUGGCUCCCUCCUGUAUGCCACCAUCUUCGGGAACGUGACCACCAUCUUCCAGCAGAUGUACGCCAACACCAACCGCUACCACGAGAUGUUGAACAGCGUGCGGGACUUCCUGAAGCUCUACCAGGUGCCCAAGGGUCUAAGCGAGAGGGUGAUGGACUACAUCGCCUCCACGUGGUCCAUGUCCAGAGGAAUCGACACUGAAAAGGUCUUGCAGAUUUGUCCUAAAGACAUGCGGGCAGACAUUUGUGUGCACCUGAACCGGAAGGUGUUUAAGGAGCACCCGGCGUUCCGGCUGGCCAGCGAUGGAUGCCUGCGCGCUCUGGCCAUGGAGUUCCAGACCAUCCACUGCGCCCCGGGAGACCUGAUCUUCCACGCCGGGGAGAGCGUGGACACCCUGUGCUUCGUGGUCUCUGGCUCCCUGGAGGUCAUUCAGGACGACGAGGUUGUCGCCAUUCUAGGCAAAGGAGACGUGUUCGGCGAUGUCUUCUGGAAGGAGGUGACAUUGGCACAAUCGUGUGCCAACGUGCGGGCACUCACCUACUGCGAUCUGCACGUAAUCAAGCGCGAUGCCCUGCAGAAGGUUCUGGAGUUUUACACAGCCUUCUCGAGUCACUUCUCACGCAAUCUGCUCCUCACCUACAACCUACGCAAGCGUAUCGUCUUCAGGAAGAUAAGUGAUGUCAAGCGUGAGGAAGAGGAGCGUCUGAGGAGGAAGAAUGAGGCUCCGCUGAACCUGCCUCCUGACCACCCUGUGCGGCGUCUCUUUCAGCGCUUCCGCCAGCAGAAAGAGGCCCGCCUUGCCGCAGAGCGAGCCAAUCCCGAAGAACACGACCCAGAGAAGGGACACGCCCACUGCGAGGCCAUUGUCCAAGACGUGGUGGCCACCACCAGUAUAGUCACAGUGACCGAGAGCCCAGCCACGCCCAUCCCCUCAAACGCAGCCUGCAGCCACGCCCCUGGGCCUUCUGACCGGGCGUUGCUGCAGGCGCCGGUGCCCUCGUCCCUGGCCGGUGGCAGGGUGUCAGAGGUGCGCGCGGCUCGCGGCUGGGGGCGUUUCCGGGAGAGCACGGCCAAGCCGGAGGGUUGGGUCAAUGUGGCGAAGGCGGAGUCAAUGGAGAUCCUACCUGAGCGGAGCUGCAAGUCGGCGGAGCCCAGCAGUCUGAAGAAGACCGACUCGUGCGACUCCGGAAUCACCAAGAGUGAUCUGCGCCUGGACGAGGGCGGGGCACGCACCCCCGGAGAACGCAGCCCCGUCCAGCCCGACGGCCGGCCCCCGCCCAUCCCCGAACACCCGCUCCACGGCACGCUGAUCGAGCUCCGCGCUGAGCUCAAGGAGGAGCUGUCGUCGCUCAGCGACCGCAUGGUCGCCCUGGAGACGCAGGUCGCCGAGGUGCUGCGGUUGCUAAGGAGCCGGAAGACUCCGCCCUCACCUGUUUCCCUGUUCCAGGUCUCGCGGCCCACGUCACCGGGCUCAGACAACGAGGAUAUCUUCUCCUAAACGUGGAGGGUGUGCGCACAGGCACGCGUAUGGGACAGAGGGCUGAGGAGGACAGAGUGUGUGUGGAGGCCCGGAUGGACGGAGCUGACGGUUUGUUCUUAGAUUGGUGGCGUCCACAGACGUAGCAGCAGAGACUCGACAGACGUGUGAGGUGCUCAUGGCACAAAUACACACACGGGCUACUGCAGGAGCGCGCGCACACACAAACGAAAGAGCCAGAGAGAGGAUCUCUCACCCUGAGGUAGAAGAUCUGAGAUGCUGAAGGGAUGGUACGUUUGAUGUCAAACACACACACACACACACACAGCUGUAGUGCUACAGCACUGCUCUGUUAACCCCUUGAGAUGUGAAGAGAGAAUGGACCUACUGUGACAGACAGUUGUCAUGGAGACGCAAGAGUCCUAUCUGGCAAGCACUGUUCUCUGGUGUUUAGCGCACACACACACACACACACACACACACACACAGUUCUUCUCCCAGGCUGAUAAACGGAUGUGUUCCGCUCAGACUGGUGACUGGCUCCUUCACUUCCUCUUUGAGGGGUUUUGGGAAAGGAGGUCCCCAAUGAGAAGGAUGGUAUUGCCUCUCAUAGCACGCCCAUGUUACUGACUCCGCCCCUGAAACACUCUUGCUACUACACUUAGUGGCUGAGUCUUCCUGAACUGAUGGAAAAUAGUGCAAAUCAUGUAUUACAGACAAACUCACACACACACACACACACACACACACACACACACACAC